UCCAGGAAAACCAAAAUGGCUAUCAGGAAACCAAACAAAUUGGCACAAACAGCAGUGAUAAAGCAAAUCCUGAAAAGAUGCUCCAGCUUGGGAAAGAAACAAAGCUACGAUGAACAAGGACUCCCCCUGGAUGUCCCUAGAGGGCACUUCGUCGUAUAUGUUGGGGAAAACAGAAGCAGAUACAUUGUACCCAUCUCUUUCUUGACCCGACCCGCGUUCCAGACCUUGCUUCAUCAAGCUGAAGAAGAGUUUGGUUUCGCUCAAGACAUGGGCCUCACCAUUCCUUGUGAAGAAGUUGUUUUCCAGUCCCUAACAUCAUUGCUCAGAUGAAAA